AUUUUCUCUUAUUCAUACACAAGCAAUUUUUCGCAAUGGGAGACCCAGCUGCUGAUCUCGCUGUUCAGGGUACGAACACAUCUAGUAUAACAUCGAAGCGAAGCUUGGAGCGCUUGGGGUAUUUGCAACCAUGCCAUGUCGAAGGAGCCACGGAAAAGGAUUCGCCAUUAAUGCUAAAAUAUGUGGUUCAAAAGCCCAGUCGGCGUUCGCCUGUCAUCAACCGCUCUUAUUACUACCGUACAGAAACCAUACGUUUGUUGGUCGAAGGUUGGAUCCAAGAAUGUGAGACGCUUGGAAUGGAUAAUUGCGCCGUAAUUAGUCUGGGAUGUGGAUUCGAUCCAACGUUUUUCCGGCUAAAAUUAUUACAAGAGAGGAGAGAAACCAGGACAAAGCUCAAAUAUAUUGACAUUGACUACCCUACGCUCAUCAUGGAGCGACUCUACAUGGUUAGGAAUCAGGAAAAGCUAUUUGAUCUUCUUCCUGAGAAUCCGUCAAAGGACGAUGUGGCAGAGUUCGUCUCGGAUACAUAUUCAUGUCUUGGCGUUGACUUGAGGAACCUAAAUGAAUUGGAGAAGAGGCUUGAAGAAGCAGGUAUCACCAAGAAAGGAGGACAGCAACAGACGCGGAUGCCCAUUCUUGUGGUCUCUGAAGUCGUUCUGGCAUAUCUUGAAGCCGAAGAAUCAGAUGCUGUCAUCAAAUUUUUCGCCGACUUCCCUGAAGCAACUUUUGUCCUGCACGAGCAAUGUAUCCCAACAUUCGAUGUAGAUGAACAAGGGAAUGAAAACUUACAUCCCUUCGCAUUGACGAUGUUUCGGCACUUUGAAAGGACCAUGACACCUCUCAAGACACUUCGUGAGUAUAUGAGCAUUGAGGAUCAGCGCGACCGAUUCCAAGAGUUGGGGUGGCCCAAUUGCGAAAUCAUGAAUAUGAACCUGAUGGCCGAUUUACUUGUUACGCCCAAUGAGUCCGACCAUCUCAGGAUAUCUCAACUGGAGCCUUUUGAUGAAUACGAUGAACAACAUUGGAUCGGAUCUUAUUAUUUUACUGCCGUCGCCUCAACGGGCCCAAAGGAGGGUGUAUCCGUCCCGACUCGGAGUCCUGAUGUCCUUCGAGGCAUUGGAUUGAGUGCAAAGCUUCAGCACGCUUUGUUUAUGACUGAGACUCCUAUGGAUAAAUCGAGCUACAUCAGUAUUGACCAUAAGUCAGCAUCUGCGUCCUCUUCACAACGUUCGAUCGUGGGAAGUAUCAAAUGGGCAGGAGAAGUUCUGUUCCCAGGUUUGGACAUUAACCGAAAGGGCCAUUCGCUUACUAUCUUGGGGGACUAUGCAUAUGCUUUUGGAGGCUUUGGUCUUGAUGCUUCAGAUGGUCUAGAAGAUCAGAGGAUUUUCCGCGCUCGGUCGCAACAAACACGGCUAGCCACCAUGUUACGGAUCAAUCUGCAAGAUGGAACCUCACAGAUGUUACCCCGUGAUGACGACGAACCUGCACCUCGUAUGCACCAUUCUGCUGUGUCAACGCUGAAUGGCUCUACGAUAUACAUGUACGGUGGCAGAGACGGUCCCACGAAGGUGCAUAACGAUGUUUGGAGAUUCACUCCAGAAAAUGGAUGGGACCCCAUAUGGCGCGCCAGAGUGAACCCUAUGAGUAACCAUCGGGCCCCAAGCGGGCUCUUUAAGCAUACUGCCAAUAUGAUGGUAAUUGAUGAUAAAGAGAUGAUGGUCGUUUAUGGAGGAAGAAAUGGAGCUGGAGAAGCUAAUGAGACGAUCUGGGCGUUUGUUAUUCCGGAUAAUCAAUGGGUGCCAUUUAUGUGGCGCAGUUCAGAACGGCAGCCAAAAUACAAAGGGAUCUUUUCACAUAGCAGUGUUGUUGUCAAAGAUGAAGACCAGAGGAAUGUAUUGCUUGUUAUUGGGGGGAUUCAUGGGAAAGAUGAAAAGGUUCUUAAUUCUGUUACAAGGGUUACGAUGGGGAGAACACUGAAUAUAGAUGAAAACACAGUGCUACAUUGGGCAGAAGCUGAUGAGAUAAGCUUACAAGAGAUAAACGACAACAGUAGCGCAGGUAGAAGUAGUAAUAGCGGUGACCAUGCUCAUGUUCAUUCAUUAUUCAAGCCGAGGUUCGGCCACACGAGUGUGGCUGUUGAUGAAGAUCGAAUCUUGGUCAUUGGAGGAGUCUCAUCUCCAGGUCUAUUGUUAUGGCAAGAGACCGUCGUGGAGAUCCGACUAAAGGCUCGUACGUUCCAAUAUCUACGUCCUUCAUCAUUUCGAGAACUGGUGAUGGUAAACCACGCCACUGUAUUGGAUAACAGCCGAAACCGGAUCAUUGGUAUUGGUGGAGGAGGAACAUGUUUUGGUUUUGGGGCGUGGUGGGAUGCUGUGGGAUGGGCUCUAAAGCUUUAGAUGUCUCUGUCUACCGCGUAUUAUAAACCUAU